CUACGCUAGCCUUCCAUUGCACUCACAGCCCUGACAGCGGCAAUGCAGCCCGCACCACGGCCCCUCGACACCGCCAUGCCGCCCGCCCAAGACUACCACCAUGUCCGGCGACCCCCCACGCCCCGAUUCCCACCCCGCGACCGGCCCGAGUGACGCCGGCCUCAGACACCGCGAGUCCAGCAUCUUUGGCGACGAGCCCCGGAACCACACGGGGAACCGCAGACUCAGGUCUAUCCUGAAGAGCUCGCGCGCCAGCUCGAGGCAGCCGUCGCCCGAGCGUGUCGACCCGCCCACGACGCAGAGUGUCGACCCGCCCACGACGCAGAGUGUCGACCCGCCCACGACCCAGACUGACGACCCGCCCACGACGCAGACUGUCGACCCGCCCACGACGCAGACUGACGACCCGCCCACGACCCAGACUGAGCCCACGAUGCAGACUGACGGCCCCAGCCGGCGCACCUCGGAAUCUACGCCCAUGGCCCCGACCGCGCGCGGUCCGGGCUACGACGCCAUCAACCCCGUGCCGAGAGAAGCGUCGAAGAGCAACGGCGCCUCGCUGCCAACCCCCGCGCCCAAUGACCACGCGAGGCAGGGCCGCUGGACCGAGUUCUGGGAGAAAUGGGGCACGGUUGAAUUGGAGAAUAAGGGCAGUGUUGCGCGCGACCACCUCGCCCUAGAGCGCACGUUUCUCGCCUGGCUGCGCACGAGUCUGAGUUUCGCAUCCAUCGGCAUCGCAAUCACGCAGCUGUUCCGGCUGAACUCGAGUCUGCGCGCCUCCUCCUCCACCUCCUCCUCGGCUGAUGACUCGAUGCACCGCCUACGCCACCUGGGCAAGCCGCUCGGCGCGACAUUCAUCGGCAUCUCGAUUCUGAUGCUGGGCAUUGGGUUCCAUCGCUUCUUCGAGGCGCAGCAUUAUGUUAUUCGGGGUAAGUUCCCCGCGAGCAGGGGGAGUAUUGUGCUUGUUAGUGGUGUUGCGGGCGCGCUUAUCGUGAGUAGUCUUGUGGUUGUGCUUGCUACUGCGCCGGGCGUGUUUGAGUCGUGAUGAUGUGAUUUGAAUUUCUUUUUUUUUAAAUAGUCUCUGCUGUACAGAGUGUAGCUGCGACUGAGAUUUGGGACUGUGGUGUACUGAGAUUUGGGACUGUGGUGUAUUGAGAGUGUAGAUGUGUGACGUAUCGAGCAGAUCUCAACAGUGCCCAUCAACACGCCAAC